AUGCGUCCGGAGGGAGGAAAGCUCAAGGUCUAUGUGGAUAGUGUAUCCCCUUACUCCUGGUUUGGCUUCACCAAUACAAUCCGCUACCGGCCACUCUUGAAUGCGUACGGCGUGUCUGUGGAUAUAAUACCUUUCUUCCUGGGCGCCGCUCGUGAUGGCGUGGGGAACCCUUGGACCCCGGUACCCAAAGCCAAGGAGGCUUUUGGAAAGCAAGACACCGAAUUGACGGGGAAGCUGCUCGGGCUGAAGGUCGUUCCGCCCAAGGAAUUCCCCAUCUUGUCUCUCUUUGCGGUCCGUGUUGCGACUUGGAUCAAGGACCACUAUCCGCCAGAGAAGUUUGAGGCCACCUUUCCAGCUUUCAGCACGGCGUAUUGGAGUCAUGGCAUCAACAUCUCAAAGCCAGAAGGAAUCCUGAAAGCUCUGCAAGGCAUUUUCCCCGAAGAGGAAAUCAAAGAAAUCAUGAAGAAGGCCGUGACACCGGAGAACAAGCAAAGAGUAAUCGACGUGACCAUGUCAGCCGGUGCCUUUGGGGCGCCGUGGAUCGUCGCCGUGAACUCGGAAGGGCAAAGGAGGGACUGGUUUGGAAAUGAUCGCUGGGAUCAGGUAUUUUACCACCUUGGGGUCCCCUUCACGCCAGUGAGGAUCAUUCCACCUGAGGAAGCAAAGGCGAAGUUGUGA